GGGCGGAGCCGCCCCGCCAGAGGCCCCAGGCAGCGGCAGGCCCGGACGCGGCCCGGCGUGGCGCCUCAGUCGGGUUCCUGCGCCGGGGGUCACGGGCUGCGCCAUGUGGGGCCGCUACCGGGCGGCGCGGCGGCUGCUGUUGCUGAGCCUCAGCCGGACUUUGAAUCAAAAGUCAUGGAGGUGGAAGAGUGGGCCUGCAAAUGAAAGAGCACUACAGUACAAGAUAGGAGAACAAAUCCAUGGGUUCACUGUAAACCAGGUAGAAGCUGUUCCUGAGCUAUUCCUAACUGCAGUGAAGCUUAGUCAUGAGAACACAGGAGCCAAAUAUUUACAUGUGGCACGUGAGGACUCCAAUAAUCUAUUCAGUGUACAAUUUCGUACCACCCCAUUGGACAGUACUGGUGUUCCACAUAUCCUUGAACACACCGUGCUUUGUGGUUCUCAGAAGUAUCCUUGCAGAGAUCCUUUCUUUAAAAUGUUAAACAGAUCACUGUCCACUUUCAUGAAUGCAUUCACAGCCAGUGAUUACACACUCUACCCAUUUUCAACACAAAAUCCAAAGGAUUUUCAGAAUCUCCUGUCUGUGUAUUUGGAUGCUGCUUUUUUCCCAUGUUUGCGACAACUAGAUUUCUGGCAAGAAGGUUGGAGGUUAGAGCAUGAGAAUCCAACUGAUCCUCAGACACCACUAGUCUUCAAAGGAAUUGUUUUUAAUGAAAUGAAAGGGGCAUUUACAGACAAUGAGAGGUUAUUCUCACAACACCUACAGAAUAAACUCCUUCCUGAUCACACUUAUGGUGUAAUAUCUGGUGGAGACCCAUUAAGUAUUCCUGACCUUACAUGGGAACAGCUUAAACAGUUCCAUGCCACUCAUUAUCAUCCAAGCAAUGCUAGGUUCUUCACUUAUGGUAACUUCCCAUUGGAGCAGCAUUUAAAACAAAUUCAUGAAGAAGCGCUGACUAAGUUUCAUAGAAUUGAACCAAAUACUGCCAUCCCAGUACAGCAACUCUGGGAUAAGCCUAGAGAGCAUCAUGUGAAAUGUGGCUCAGAUUCAUUUGCUGCAGACCCUACAAAGCAGACAACUAUCAGUGUUAGCUUCUUGCUGACAGACAUUACAGAUACUUAUGAAACUUUCACGCUUAACCUGUUGUCUUCGCUGUUGGUUGGUGGACCUAAUUCUCCCUUCUACAAAGCCUUACUUGAGGCCAAUCUUGGUACAGACUUUUCUCCUGAUGUUGGGUUUAAUGGCUGCACGCAAGAGGCUUACUUCAGUGUAGGCCUGCAGGGAAUUGCUGAGAAAGACAUAGAAACCAUCAAACAAAUUACUGCUAGAACAAUAGAUGAAGUUAUUGAGAAAGGAUUUGAGGAAGAGAGGAUUGAAGCCCUACUUCACAAAAUUGAAAUCCAGAUGAAGCAUCAGUCUACAAGUUUUGGACUUGCCCUGACAUCAUACAUAGCCUCCUGCUGGAAUCAUGAAGGAGACCCUGUGGAACUUUUGAAGAUUUCAGACAAAGUGACUCAGUUCAGGCAGCACCUCAAGGACAGCCCAACAUUUCUUCAAGAAAAAGUUAAACAGUAUUUUAAGGAUAAUCCACAUAGAUUGACUCUGUCGAUGAGUCCAGAUGAAAGCUACUAUGAAAAACAAGCAAAAUUGGAAGCCGAAAAACUGAAACAAAAAGUUAAUGCUCUUUCUGAAGAAGAGAAGAAACAAACGUAUGAAAAAGGUUUGGAAUUAAUUGCUCUUCAAAGCAAACCUCAGGAUACCUCCUGUCUCCCAGCUCUAAAAGUAUCUGAUAUUGAGCCCACAAUCCCAUUCACUGAGCUGGAGAUGACAUUUGCAGCUGAUGAAAUCCCUGUCCAAUACUGUUCUCAGCCAACCAAUGGGAUGGUAUAUUUCAGAGCUGUUUCCAGCUUGAAUACACUUCCAGAGGAGCUCAAACCAUACGUGCCACUCUUCUGCAGGGUCAUUACUAAAAUGGGCUGCGGAGCGCUUGGUUACAGAGAGCAAGCCCAGCAAAUGGAGCUAAAAACAGGUGGCAUGUCUGUCAGCCCACACAUCGUUCCAGAUGAUUCGCAUCUGGAUGCGUAUGAACAGGGUGUGCUUUUUUCUUCUCUGUGCCUGGAUAGAAAUCUGCCAGACAUGAUGCACUUAUGGAGUGAAAUCUUUAACAACCCACACUUUGAAGAAGAGGAACAUUUUAGGGUACUGGUUAAGAUGACUGCACAAGAGCUGUCAAAUGGCAUUCCUGAUUCUGGGCAUUUAUAUGCAUCUGUUCGAGCUAGCAAAACCCUUACGCCUGCUGGAGAGUUACAAGAAAUGUUUAAUGGCAUGGAUCAGGUGAAACUGAUUAAGCGAAUUGCAGAAAUGUCUGAUAUUAAACCAGUACUACGCAAACUACCACGCAUUAAGAAAUAUUUAUUAAACAGUGAUAACAUGAGAUGUUCAGUGAAUGCUACACCUCAACAGAUGUCACAAGCAUCUAAAGAAGUAGAAAACUUUUUAAAGGGCAUCGCUAGAAGCAAAAAAGAGAGAAAACCUGUCCGCCCCUAUGUGAUUGAGAAAUCUCCAGAGCCCGUGCCUAUUGGAAGGGAAAGGCUUAAUUGUUCACAAAUCACAAGAAAACUAAUUACUGAGCCCACUUUCAAACCAUGUCAGAUGAAGACCCAUUUUCUACUUUCCUUCCCAGUGAAUUAUGUUGGAGAAUGCAUUCGAACUGUUCCCUACACAGCUCCUGAUUAUGCAAGCCUUCGGAUCCUUGCACGGUUGAUGACAGCUAAAUUCUUGCAUAGGGAAAUCAGAGAGAAAGGAGGUGCUUAUGGAGGAGGUGCUACACUCAGUCAUAGUGGCAUAUUCACCUUCUAUUCUUACAGGGAUCCAAAUUCUAUAUCAACCUUUUCAACUUUUGAAAAAGCAGCUGAAUGGGCUCAGUCUGGGGAAUUUGCACAGCAAGACAUUGACGAAGCCAAGCUUGCGGUGUUUUCAGCUGUAGAUACUCCUAUAGCUCCUUCAGACAAAGGGAUGAAUUAUUUCUUGAACGGCAUCUCAGAUGAGAUGAAGCAGAGACACAGGGAGCAGCUUUUUGCUGUCAGCCGUGAUCACCUGAUCAAUGUGGCAAACAAAUACCUUGCAGGUGGGAAGAGCACCCGAGGACUGGCUGUACUAGGCCCAGAGAAUCCAUGCAUUGCCAAAGAUCCAUCCUGGGUCAAACGAUAACAUUUGUUAUCACUGAUAAUGUUUGUUACUGACAAUGGCUUAAAAGAAAUAAAACAAGCCAAUUCAUAAGUGACUAAGGCACAUUAGAAUUUUUAAUUUUCCUGCUAAGGUCCAAGUGAAAGGUCAUCAAUACAACUUUACAUGCAACAGGCCACUCAGCUGUCUUUCCUCAAAGAAAUUAAGUCUGCCAAAGAAGGUUCAUCUCUACAACUGCAUUGUAUUUAAGAAUGAAAACUAUUUGUUCAUCUAUAGCUAAAGCAACUCUUCAGUUCCUCCAUAAUUAACUGCCGCACAAAAAUGUGGAUUUUAAUAACUUCUAAAUAUACACAUUGUUUUGUAAAAAUCAAGCUAAGACUUAAAUUUUAAAAUAUGUUUAGCUUAAAUCAUGUUUUCUUACAAUAUCUGUAUUUUUAAACCUCCACUGUUGGGCAUAAACAGAUUUGUUACACCUACACUGGUACUUCACAAGUCUUUCCUAGUGUGUUGAGUUUUCCAUAAUUAAGUUGUGCAAGACUCAGCUUCUCCAUAACUAUUCUUGUUACAUUGUAUUGUCUACACUACAACUUACAUUUUUAAUGAUAAGAGUGGCAAUGUUGGCUCAAAACAUGUCUCUCUACAACUCAAGGUUAAUAAUUGAUAGCUACAGGACAGGGAAAAGAUGGUUUUAUUCAUAACAGGACUAUUUUGAUGGUGCUCCAACCUGUGUGACCCUGGGCCAGUUCUUCCUCCCAGUACUGAAUGGAGUUCUCAAGGUGCUGUUUUGUCCUCUGUUUACCUUUUGGCUAAAGUUCGACAGCUAAAUGUUGUGAGACAACCACGAUUUUGUUGUGGAGAAAAAACUGCUGUGUCAACCGUAACCUUAACCAUCGUGGUUAUAACCUGGUCUCAAAUGUUUCAGCUGAUCACAGAAAAGAGUCCUCAGUCCUGGGUGUGAUUGAGGGUUGCCCUGUUGUCUGCAACAAGCUGAGGUUAGUGAGCAUGACCUCUAGGGUAUGCCUAUGCUGCAGCUUGGAGUGAGCCUCUCAGCAUGGGUAGACAGACUUGCUUCACUUGAGCUAGCAUGCUAAACAUAAGAGUGUGGACAUUACAGCUGGGGCUAGCCAGCCAGCCUUGGACCCAGGUGGCUAGCCUGAGCCUCUGCCAGAACAGCUACAUCCACACUAUUUUUAGCUUGAUAGAGCUCAUGAAGUUAAGCUUGAGCCACCAGCCAUUCCAAACUGCUAUUUUUAGCUUGAGCCAAGCUAGCAUGAGCUGGGAAUCUCAUCUCCCAGCUGUCCUGUAGCCAUAACCUAAAGGACACACAAAGGAGGUUAACAGCCAUCUUCACAGGGUUAACAGCUUUAGUAUUGCCUUUAAUAGUAAUUUUUAGUGUGUUACUUCCUCUCUAGGGGAGGUGUGGGGGGUAGUUCAAAUUAAUGCAGCUUCAUUGUGCAGAUGCGGUACAGAAAAAUCUGCAGACACCCUGCUCUUAAUCCCUCCUGCCGUUCUACAAGCGAAGAAAGAACAGUUAUUUGCUUCCUGUUAGAAUGCAAAUAAAGUUGCUCCUACUUUCUUCAGUGGUGUUCUCCUGUUAGCUGUAAUUUGUUAGUUUUUAGAUAACUUGAAGUCACACAUGUGGUUUGCAACAAUACUUUUAUUCCACUUCAGAUACAUAGAUUCACUCUGUAACUUGACACAACUAGCCUUCUACAUAUAUUCUGAGUAUAGACUCUAUCUCUGAGAUAAAAUGUGCUAGAUGAAUGACUUAUCACACUGAGUGCAUAGAAUUGUGUUAAACUUAAGGAUCAGGCCAGUAAUUGGUAUUUUGUAAAUUGGGUGCUAAGGUCUGCUUUAAACCUAGGAUAAUACUGGGCAAGGAACUUGUGUGACAUUUGCAUUUCUGAAUUCACAUAAAGUGCUGGUACAAUAAUUUAAAUGUUACAAACAAAGCUGUAAUCAAUAUGCUAAAGCACUGUUACGCACAACAUAGGUUUAUUACAACUUUAUCUAAAAUAAUGGUCUCUUCUUAGAUGGCUCCAGUUUCUGCUUCUUUUGGGCUGUGCCUAGCUACAUGCUCUAGUUGACCUGAAUCUGAAACAUCGUAGCUAGUCUUGUAUUUGGCCAGAAUUUUCAUCAGAGGUCGAAGUUUCAGCCACCACUGUUCCUUAGGAAUUCUGUGC